UUUUUAAGCGAACAACAUCCUCCAAAUGGAAAAAUAAGAAAAGAAAACCUAGAGGUACAUACAUAUAGCGGCGGGGGUGAGCGACAUCGACAUUUAAAUACAUACCUAAGGUAGGUAGCAUCGGCAUCAUACCUCUACCGACCACGAUCCAAACCUAUGCAGUACCACAACAUGAAAGUCGACCGUCGCGAAUGACCUAAGCUCAGCAUUUAAGCUAUUCUUUGUCUCACCUCGACGAGGUUACGCAAAAAAGUCGUUCACAUUCCGAUUUGUCGUGAGUGUAUGCCGACCACUGAUUGAUGGAAUUGGAUUGAUUCGGAGGAUCACGGACGACGCCCUCUCGUCGAUCAUUUCAUCAUUGGACAUUUGGCUGUACGCAGUCCGACGCCGCCCCAACAGCAUAGGUCGACGCUUGACGCUUGACGCUUGACGCUUGACGGGCAGAGGCACGGUUUGAAUCACACCUGCAGGGUCCAGACGACGUCCGACGUCCCUUUUCCGUCUGAUAUAUCUCACAUUGGCAUCUCCAUCACGACGACAAUACCCUUCGUCUGAUAGCAUCACAACAUCAACCGGACGAACACCGCCGUCAAAGCCAUCAGCUCAUUUACCGGCAUACCUAGGUAGAAAUACCUCAAGUCCUUCCACUCACACCAACUCACCUAAUCACCUACCCACCCCCGACCGGAGGAAUGGCCAAACCACCUCCAACCGGGCCUCCCGCCCCCGGAUCCACGGGAUUCACCACCCGCCUCCGCUCCUACUUCCGUCCCGGCACCACCUCCAACCCCCUCGAGCGCCGCCUCCUCCUCAAAAUCGACUUCUUCAUCCUCACCUUCUGCUGCCUCUCCUACUUCCUCAACUACCUCGACCGCACCGCCCUCUCCAACGCCUACGUCUCGGGCAUGAAAGAAUCCCUUUCCUUUCGUGGCAACCAACUCAACCAAAUCAACACGUGCUUCACCAUCGGCUACGUCCUCGGCCAAAUCCCCUCCAACUUAUCUCUCCACUACAUUGCCCCGCGCAUCUUUUUUCCCGGGAUGAUGGUCCUCUGGGCCGGUCUGACCAUGGUCACUGCCGCCGCUCGACACCCCGGCGACAUAAUGGCCAUUCGCUUUUUCCAGGGGAUUGCCGAGUCCACGACCUUUGUCGGCACGCAUUAUAUCCUCGGAAGCUGGUACACGGAGCAAGAGCUGGGGAAGCGAUCCGGGGUGUUUACUGCGAGUGGACUGGCAGGGACGAUGAUUGGUGGGUUUGUGCAGAGUGGGAUUCAUGGGAGUAUGGAUGGCCUGAGGGGGUUGAGUGGGUGGCGGUGGUUGUUCGUUAUUGAUGGGAUCAUCACGUUGCCUGUGGCGAUAUAUGGGUUUUGUCUGUUUCCCGAUACGCCCAAGACGACGAGGGCGCCGUACUUGAGUGUGCAGGAACGGGAGUUGGCGAUACGCAGGAUGGAGAAGAAGAGGCAGGGUGAGCCAGCGGAGAUGGGCAGGUCGUCGUCGGGGGAUACGCUUGUUGUCGAGGCUGAAACAUCUGUCUCGAAACCCGACAUCCAACCACGUCCCGAACCAGAACCAAAGCCAUCACCUUCUUCUGCUACAGAUCACCAUCUAACAACCCACCCCUCCUCCACCACAUCCACAUCCACAUCCAACAAUCCCCAAGAAACAACAGCACACGCCGCGGCAAAAACCGAAUCCUCUCUCACAAAAACCCACCCUUUUUCCCUCCCCUUCCUCCGCUCCCUUUUUUCCUCCUAUCACUGCCCCUCCUUCAUCUUCCUCUGGAUCCUCGCCGGCGAAACCGAGUCCUUUUCCUCCAACGCCCUCUUAUCUCUCUACUUGAAAUCCCACCCGUCCAAUUCUUCCUCCCCUUCCCCCUCUUCUUCCCCUUCAGUUCCCAACAAUCCAGCUCCCACAGCCCCGCGAUACACUGUGUCGCAGUUAAACACCUACCCAACAGGCGUCCCAGCCGUCGGGAUCCUCUCCACCCUCUUCUUCGCCUUCAUCACCGACCUCUACCCCAAUCAUCGGUCAAUAGUAGGCUACUUCAUCGGCAUCAUCGGGGUCCUUACCCCUUCUUUGAUUCUUGCCGCAGAACAUGGACACUUUGGAGUAGAUCCAGCUGGAAACAAAGCGACGGCCGUGGUGAUGGGCAUGUACUACCUGUCUGGAUCGGUCUACGCCUGCCAAGCGACCUUUUUCGCAUGGGCGAACGACGCGAUGACGAGGGAUGGAAAGGAGGCCGUGUUCAGAGGGGUGGUGCUGGCGGGGAUGAAUAUGGGGAAUAACGCUGUGAAUGCGUGGUGGAGCAUAGUGUUUUAUGGGGCGGACAUGGCGCCGUGGUUUGAGAGGGGGAUGUGGGCUAUGAUUGGGACGAGUGUUGGGCUGGCGGUUUGGACGGGGUUCCUGUCGUAUAUGGAGAGGAGGUCGAGGAGGAGGAGGAGGAGGAGGGAGCGGGAGGAGGUGAAAGAGAGGGAAGGGGCGAGGAGGAUGCAAGGGGGAGAUUCUGCGGAUGGGCCGUUGGCGAGGGACGAGAAGGGAAAGGGGGUUAAUGUGUAAUGAUACAACUAAUGUG